AUCAAUAAGACAUAAACUACAAGAAUAAAACAUGGAUAAAAUAUGGUUAAGACCGAGGGAAGCAACUCAGUUUCCCACAAAACCAAAUUUAAAUCGUCGGUGAAAACAAGGAGAGAAAGUCGCCGGUGAAACCGCCAUCGAUCAUCGAUCACCCCGUCAUCACAUAAUAAUCUUCAAAAACCCUUACGGCACGUUGCCUCUGUCACAUCUGAUGUCAGUUCAAUGAUCUUAGGGUUUAUGAAACUCCCUUUUCUUCUUCUUCUGCAUUUAUAGAUACACACACAUACAUACAUACUGUCCUCAAGGAAGGAAGGAGGUGCUAAUGGAUGAUAACCCACCGUCAGUAGAUGUUAAUGAGAAUAAGCUGUUAAAGGGCACUUUUUCUGUUGUGGGGAUCAUGUCUACCCUUGUCAUCUAUGGUGUGUUACAGGAGAAGAUUAUGAGAGUUCCUUACGGUCCAACCCACGAGUUCUUCAAACAUUCAUUAUUUCUUGUUUUCUGUAACCGCCUUACCACCUCAGCAGUAUCUGCAGUUUUUUUAUUGACAAGUAAAAAAGCAUUGGAUCCUGUUGCUCCCAUUUACAAGUAUGGUGUUGUAUCAAUAUCUAACAUACUAACUACAACAUGUCAAUAUGAGGCUCUUAAAUACGUUAGCUUUCCUGUUCAGACUUUAGCCAAGUGUGCCAAAAUGAUUCCCGUAAUGAUUUGGGGAACCUUAAUAAUGCAAAAGAAGUACAAAGGGCCAGAUUAUUUCUUGGCCUUACUUGUUACUAUAGGGUGUUCGUUAUUUAUUCUCUUUCCGGGAGCAAGUGAGUUAAGUCCAUACCGCAAAGAAAGGGAAAGUACCGUUUGGGGAGUCUCCUUAAUGAUCGGUUAUUUAGGGUUUGAUGGUUUUACUAGCACUUUUCAAGAUAAAUUAUUUAAAGGUUAUGAUAUGGGAAUAUACAAUCAAAUUUUCUACACUACUCUCUGUUCUUGCAUACUUAGCUUGACCGGUCUUAUUUUGCAGGGCAAUCUUCUGAUGGCAAUAGAUUUUGUAUCUCGCCACAAGGAUUGUUUCUUUGACAUUGCAUUGCUUUCAACUGUUGCAACAGCGAGCCAAUUCUUCAUAUCUUACACAAUUCGCACAUUUGGUGCUCUUACAUUCGCCACAAUAAUGACGACUCGACAAUUAGUGAGCAUUUUGCUGUCGUGUGUGUGGUUUUCGCACCCUCUUAGCAUGGAACAAUUCAUAGGAGCCGUUAUCGUGUUUGGUUCACUUUAUGCCAAGAGUUUCUUAAAAAGGAAACCCGAUACACCGUUACCUACAUCACAUAAGUCGGAUGAAGCAACUGUUCCAUUGAAAGCAAUCGCGUGAUACAGAAAGAUUUUUUUUUUUAGGAUUUGGUAAAAGUUUUGAGUGUAUUUAUGGUUUAUGAUUUAUAAAUUACACGUUUUUUUAGUUUUUUUUUUUUUGGAAAUAUUACCAAUGGAAGACUUUUUUUUUUUUUU